GUAAUUAUAGUCGUGGUAAUUAUGCAGUAGUAGGCCGGCGUUAUGUAUUCGAAGGGCCAACUUGUAUUUAUAAUGCAGGUACUUAACCCGGGCGCAAUUACUUCGCUGCAUAGUUGACAGCAUUUAGCGCAUUUCAAAUGCAGAAAUACGCGGGCCGAGGCUGCUUGUGGGAAUAUCACUGACAUGGCCCACAUUCUUGAUAAACUUGUUGGAACGGAAAUGUGACUCAACCGGCAACCGAUACAAUAUAAAAUUACAUUUACAACUAUUUUUAUUUAAUUAAAUUUACUUGUGAUCGUCGAACACACAAACCAUUGUAUCAUCUGCUUAUCUGAAUGUGCCAGUUCUGGGCCAAAGUGCGUCGACUCAAUUUUAACUUAAACCUUAAAUGCAAUAAGUGUUUAAUCCCAAUCGCACAGUAGCUCACCCACUCAUUAUAAAUGUUAUCAAUACCGUAUUCGUUUCGAAACGAUGAGUACUUUGACUUUAAAAUGUUAAUUUCUGUAAAUGUUUGAGAUAAAAUGCAAUGCAAUAUAUUAUCCGUCCAUUUAAGUACCAUCAGAUAGAUGAGAAAUUAAGAGAACAAUUUGCCAUUAGUACAAAGUUCUUAAUAUGCAUAACUGAGAAUCUUUUCCCGUGACGGCCUCGACCUUAACGCAACAGUUAGUCAGAUAUCAGAUCAGUUCUCCGUAGUAAUGAAUAACGCUUCGAAAUAAAACUUCAAUGAGAUGAGAAAAAAUACAUGACUCAUUUACAUACUUUCGACUUGUUGAGUGAACGAACUUGUGUUGACUGUUGUCUGCUUAGAUGGUGCAUCAAAAACUGUAGAUUCAAUUAGUAUUUUCCUGUUAACAUUUUUAGAGAAGCAUUUAAUUGUAUACAUUCCAGAUUCCAACCAGAAUAACUGUCGCAUGACCAAAGUAAACCGUAAGAGGUUGCGAUAGAGGUUAAAAAGAUAGUCAAUGUUCAAAUUUCAUCGAUAGACUCUUAAUUGAAAAGAAAUUCUGAAUUUAAACUGAAAACAAUUUUAAUACAGAAAUCGGAGAGGCGAUGUAAUUACGAUGAAAGCAAAAUAGUAAAGUUUUAAAGUAGUAAAAUAUAACAAACCAAAACAAAAAGUUUACGGUCAUCAAUUGAGGAAGAAACAUCGAGUCCAUGUGAAAAGGGGCGGUGUUCAGACGGUCGUAUCGAACUACCGAAGCGUAGCCAGGGUCUAAUUUAUUUAAUUAUUUUAUCAAAAGAAAUACAUUUACAAAUUCGUAUGUUACUUUUUAGUCGAAAAUAGUACUACUAAUAGAUCGUUAUUUGUAAUUUUGUUGCGUGUUGUGAAGAAGUACCUAUUUAUAAGGUAUUUACGAGAUACUGAGUUUUCAUAGCGGGCUUGUUUUAAAGUAUCUUACCUAUAACGUUCUGUAAAACCUUUACAAAAUUAUUAAAAAAUCCUUAGAACUUCAUGCUUUACCAAUUAGAGUAGCGAUAUUUUUAUGAAUCAGACCGCAAACCAAAAUAAACACCUACAUUUAAAAAGUAAAUAGAAAUCGGGCAUUCGCAAGAUAAGUAUGAAUCAUUUCGGCUAUUCGCAGGAAACCCCAGACAGCGCAUUGUCCGGUUCAAGCAACAGCCGCGGCUUGUUGUACCACGAACAUUCAGGUUACACGCUAAAUGAUUAUGAUGAUGGCCCACAUUUACCAUACGGUCAUGAUUACCACGCUCACGAUAUCCAUCCAGAUGUUCACAGUCUACAUGGAUAUAAUCACGGCCACCACGACAACCAUAGCCCCCAUGAUCAUCACAAUUCUCAUGAUGAUCACCACAAUUCUCACGAUGACCACCAUCACGGUUAUCACGGUCAUCAUAAUCCGCAUGAUGAUCAUCACCAUGGUCAUCACAGUCAUCAUGAUCAUGACUACGGGCACCAUCACUAUUCAGGACAUCAUCACUUAGACCAUGGUCAUUAUGAUAAACAUUAUAAGCAUGCUUUAGCUGCUAAGACUGCGCUGUGGCCUUUAGCUGGUAUAGCCCUACUUGGUGCUGCUGCGGCCCUGGUUAGCAACCCAGUUCUUCUCCAACUUGGAGUUGUUUCUGGUAAGCGGAGAAGACGAGACACCGAAGAAAUAACAGGACCUGAUUACCCCACAGAUUUCUUAUCGAAAUACAAAGAAAAAAUCGAUUUGGAAAAAACUGGAUUGAAAAGUAACGGGAAUAUAAGGAGCGAUGCAAAAUUAAAUAACGUAAAGGAGAGUUUAAAGAAGAGGUUAUUGAAUGUGAAGCCUUAUGCAGGAUCAAGGAAAAUACGUGCUUCGGUUAAGAGUGUUAACCAAAUAAGUAAACCAUUUUUAAAGGAUCAAAGGAAUGAAGAUAGAUUUAUUCCUAUCCCUCUUAAGUUAAGGUCUCCCAAAGAAUAGCGAAAUGUGACUUUUAAAAAUAGUAUUAUAAUGUUAUUGUAUAUAAAAAAUAAAAUAAAAUUUAUUGCUUUAAACCUGUUUUACUAGAUUUAUUAAGUAUUAUAUUUCAACAGCACUCAUAUAAACACCAUAAAACAAAAUAACAAACUUAAGUAUC